AUGAAUAGGUUAAUCCGACUGUUGACCGUAGCUGUUAGGUCGAAAAACAUAACGCCUGUUUGUAGGCUCCGCACAGCAACGACAGACAAGGUUGACCUAGAGCACACGGAGCCAUUUUGUCCAGUUCCUGGAGUUGUACCACAAUGGUCUACCCCAGAAGCUGCAUUUACCGACCUGAAAGAUGGUAGAGACAAGCUUUUCGUACAAGGUGGAGCGUCAACACCAACCAUACUUUUGGAAUGCCUCUACAAACAUGUUGUUGAGAACAAGUUGAAGAAUAUUGAACUCUAUCACCUUUUCACAUUGGGGCCAUAUCCUUUUUGCGAACCCGAGGCUAAAGACCGCUUUAGCUCAAGAUCGCUCUUUGUCGGUCAUAAUUGCAGGGAAGCUGUCAAUUCUGGUAUCGCAGAUUUCUACCCCAUUUUCUUGAGCGAAGUCCCACAUCUCUUCCGACGGAGGGUUAUCAACUUUGACUGGGCCCUUGUCAGCAUUUCACCACCAGGAAAGCAUGGUUAUUGUUCUCUCGGUGCCUCUGUCGAUAUAACUCGAUCAGCGAUCCAGAACGCGAAGAAGAUCAUUGGCCAAGUUAACCCAAACGUUCCGGUCACCCGUGGUGAUGCUAAUAUUCACUCAAGUCACCUCGAUGUCCUAAUAUAUGGUACAAUGCCUCUGCAUACUUCGGAGCUUCGUGAGCCUUCGAUUGAAGAGAUCAGGAUAGGCCGUUUUAUCUCUGAGAACCUCGUGGAUGAUGGGGCCACACUCGAGGCAGGUAUUGGGAAUAUCCCACAAUCUGUCUUCAGACAACUCGGGAACCACAGACAUUUGGGGGUCCAUACGGAAAUGUUUUCCGAUGCGCUCGUAGACCUUGUAUCUUUGGGUGCUGUAACGAACGCGCAUAAAACACAGCGUCCCGGGAAGAUCGUUGCCAGUUUCGUCAUGGGGACUCGAAAGGUCUUUGAUUUCAUCGACAACAACCCAUUGGUUGACAUGUGUGAUAUUGAAUGGCUUGGACGACCGGAGACGAUUGCUCAGAAUCCCAAACCUACUUGCAUUAACACCUGUCUGGCGAUCGACCUCACAGGGCAGGUGGCUGCCGACUCUUUGGGCAACUCUAUCUUUUCUGGCGUCGGAGGCUUGGUCGAUUUCAUCCGCGGUGCGGCGAUAAGCUUGGACGGGAAGGGCAAGCCAAUCCUUGGACUGACCUCAAGAACGCCGACAGGGCGACCAAAGAUCGUCCCUGUUCUCGAGCGCGGUACGGGAGUAGUGCUCACACGAGCUCAUGUACAUUACGUUGUAACCGAAUACGGGAUCGCUUACCUAUUUGGCCGAAAUCUACGUCAACGUGCUUACGCCCUUAUUCAGGUGGCACAUCCAGAUGACCGUGAAGCCUUGGAGAAGGCCGCGUACGAAUCCCUCAAGGUGAUGCCGUCUCCGGACUAGUUCGAGUGAUGACGUAUUUCUAGAGUUACUUACAUCGCUGGUCUGGCCGACCUCUCCUAUGGCACACGUGUAUUUCGUCAUUCGAUGAAACCGUACUUGUGAAAUUUAGAUGGUAUUCCCUUUUCCUUUUCACUGUUGCUCUAUUUCUGGUGUGGGCCUGGCAAUCUGCGACGUGGCUACAACCAGUGACUCACAUAAAAUCACUACGAACGGAAAUUUGUCGAAACAAACACGGCAACAGCCGAGUGAAACUGUACCACUGAAGGCAUUAUUUUCAGUCCCUGUCUGCCUGAAGGUAUCAUUUUUGAUUGUUUCAAAAUUGACCAAUGGUCAUUGUGCAAAAAUGCUUUCAUACACUUCUAACUUUCAUACCCUUGUUGGUGAUUUAGUGUGAACCAUUCAGUUCCAUUCCGAACCAGUGGCGAUUGUUG